AUGUCAGGGACAUCAAAUGCAGAAUCUGCUGAAGGAGUAGUCUCCAAAGUGAAAGUAAAAAAGCAGAUCAAGACAAUCGUGAAGGAUUUGGAGACCAUCCUGGGAGACUUGAGGGAUGUGGCCAAGGAACUCAAAGAGGUUAGUGGAAUAGGUUUCCUUAUGUCUGGCUUAUGUGGCUUUUAGGCUGUUUGAGAUGAACAUACAUUGUUUUUGAUUUCAUGCUGGUAUGGUUAGGCUAUUGCUUUUCUAUUGAUGGGGAACAAAACAAGCUUGUUCUAUAAUAAACAUCUGAAGGCUUAAAGAAUUAAGUCCAGGGCCUACCCACAUACUGCAUUGGCCUAUCAUAUGUGACCAUAUAUCUUAUCAGUGAACAUGACAUUUAUUUAGGACAGGUUGGCUGUGCGGAGGAUGACAUCGCAGCUGCGUCUUGGUCCGCAGGCUUUGAUUUAAGCGCACAAAUUAAUCAUGAUUAAUUGUUAAUCUUGUAGUUCACCGGAAUGGUUUUGCAUUUCAUUUCAUCAUCUUAAUACAGUCUAGCCUAAGCCUACUGUUUCCAUGAGAAUUGUCUCCUGUCAAAUUAUACAGCAGCUCUCUCUAGGCACCUUGUUACAAUAUCAGGACUUUGUCAGUGCUGUCAUUGGGUCCAAGUUAUUUAAGCUGAAUAACAAUUGCAAUUUUACUGCAUUUAUUCAUUCAUCUCAUGCUUUAUUUGUUUUCUUUUGUUUUCACACAUUGAUGAUAAUAAUCCUUGUUGGUAACCAUCUUCCAUAACCCGCAAUCUAACCUGCUCUGACAUGUGGAUGUAGCCAACCUACAGUGAGGGAAAAAAGUAUUUGAUCCCCUGCUGAUUUUGUACGUUUGCCCACUGACAAAGAAAUGAUCAGUCUAUAAUUUUAAUGGUAGGUUUAUUUGAACAGUGAGAGACAGAAUAACAACAAAAAAAUCCAGAAAAACGCAUGUCAAAAAUGUUAUAAAUUGAUUUGCAUUUUAAUGAGGGAAAUAAGUAUUUGACCCCCUCUCAAUCAGAAAGAUUUCUGGCUCCCAGGUGUCUUUUAUACAGGUAACAAACUGAGAUUAUGAGCACACUCUUAAAGGCAGUGCUCCUAAUCUCAGCGUGUUACCUGUAUAAAAGACACCUGUCCACAGAAGCAAUCAAUCAAUCAGAUUCCAAACUCUCCACCAUGGCCAAGACCAAAGAGCUCUCCAAGGAUGUCAGGGACAAUAUUGUAGACCUACACAAGGCUGGAAUGGGCUACAAGACCAUCGCCAAGCAGCUUGGUGAGAAGGUGACAACAGUUGGUGCGAUUAUUCGCAAAUGGAAGAAACACAAAGAACUGUCAAUCUCCCUCGGCCUGGGGCUCCAUGCAAGUUCUCACCUUGUGGAGUUGCAAUGAUCAUGAGAACGGUGAGGAAUCAGCCCAGAACUGCACGGGAGGAUCUUGUCAAUGAUCUCAAGGCAGCUGGGACCAUAGUCACCAAGAAAACAAUUGGUAACACACUACGCCGUGAAGGACUGAAAUCAUGCAGUGCCCGCAAGGUCCCCCUGCUCAAGAAAGCACAUAUACAGGCCCGUCUGAAGUUUGCCAAUGAACAUCUGAAUGAUUCAGAGGAGAACUGGGUGAAAGUGUUGUGGUCAGAUGAGACCAAAAUCGAGCUCUUUGGCAUCAACUCAACUCGCCAUGUUUGGAGCAGGAGGAAUGCUGCCUAUGACCCCAAGAACACCAUCCCCACCGUCAAACAUGGAGGUGGAAACAUUAUGCUUUGGGGGUGUUUUUCUGCUAAGGGGACAGGACAACUUCACCGCAUCAAAGGGACGAUGGACGGGGCCAUGUACCGUCAAAUCUUGGGUGAGAACCUCCUUCCCUCAACCAGGGCAUUGAACAUGGGUCGUGGAUGGGUAUUCCAGCAUGACAAUGACCCAAAACACACGGCCAAGGCAACAAUGGAGUGGCUCAAGAAGAAGCACAUUAAGGUCCUGGAGUGGCCUAGCCAGUCUCCAGACCUUAAUCCCAUAGAAAAUCUGUGGAGGGAGCUGAAGGUUUGAGUUGCCAAACGUCAGGCUCGAAACCUUAAUGACUUGGAGAAGAUCUGCAAAGAGGAGUGAGACAAAAUCCCUCCUGAGAUGUGUGCAAACCUGGUGGCCAACGACAAGAAACGUCUGAUCUCUGUGAUUGCCAACAAGGAUUUUGCCACCAAGUACUAAAUCAUGUUUUGCAGAGGGGUCAAAUACUUAUUUCCCUCAUUAAAAUGCAAAUCAAUUUAUAACAUUUUUGACAUGCGUUUUUCUGGAUUUUUUUGUUGCUAUUCUGUCUCUCACUGUUCAAAUAAACCUACCAUUAAAAUAAUAGACUGAUCAUGUGUUUGUCAGUGGGCAAACGUAUAAAAUCAGCAGGGGAUCAAAUACUUUUUUCCCUCACUGUAUAUGCUUUUGUAAGAAUAGAGCUGUCCAGCCUGUUGGGGCUGAAAUACUCGCCCCUAUUUUACAGGUUGUCACUUGGAUAAGACCUACAAGGUUUUUCUUACAUUAUGAAUUAAAUGGAUACACGGCACAUGUUUCCUUGAAAUAAUGGUCCUCUUUCAACCUUUUCAACAAGUAUUUGAAUUAAAUACUAGCAGGAUCAGUGUGUUCUAUUCAGGGAAGCAUACACAAUCUGUUAGUCUAGCAACACUGCUAAAACAACCAACCUAGAGGGUUGUCAAUAUCAAAGCCAAUAUUUCCAUAAAUCCCAUUCAGAUGCAGUUAUCUACUUCAACUCACACACUAUACUUUCUGGAUUCAAGCCUACGUUUAAGGGGAGCUGAACCCAGAUGCUUGGCACAGAGAGAGAAUCAACAUGCCCCACAGCAUGUGGCACUGGAAACUGUGACUCUCUUUUGUGGCCCACUAAAUUAUCCAUGUAUGACUGUGCUUGGAGAUUUCACUCUACAUGAGCUUUUCGCCCAGCCUCAGUUUAAUAUUCCAUGACAUUUGGAUAUGCUGAUAUUACUUCAAUAUUACUUCAAUAGCUUUAAUUACUUCCAAAUGUAAUGACUUUUAAAAAGGGUGUACUAUAUGGAUACUGUUCACAGACAUGGUUUGGCAAAGUAUUGGCUACCACUGUAAUUUGAGUAGUAAAAUAUUUUAAUGAUAUUAAUAUUACCCCCAUAGGUCUUAAUAGGUAUUGUGCCAGUUAUAGAUUACAAAGUCCUUUCAGACUAUCCCUAAUAGUUUUGAACAUUGUGUCUUUUGAUGCAUGCAUAUCAGUAAUAAGGGUUUAUUUCUAGUCAAAAUUAGUAAAGAUACCUAAGGGGGAAUGACAGAUGUAGUCAUUCACUAUGAUGGGAUGUCUUUGCAAUUUUCACUGACUAGGUAUAUUCUUAUUACCUCAACCAUGGAAUGUAUGGGGGGCAGAGUAUGUGCUUUCAACUAUUUCAAUAUGUCCACUACGUGUAAGUGCAUACACAGAGAAUGAAUUCUUAUCUAAACAAGUUAGUGUUGCUGAUUCAUAGCCAGAGGGUCCCGCUUUUGAUUCUGAGUCUGAAUACAGUUUGGUGGGUUGUGUGGGUAGUUUCCCCUUACCUUACAAAUACAUUUAGCGGAUGAUCAACUCAUCCAACACAACCUGUAAUGAAUCAGAUAAUAUUGUUGUGUUGCAAGUGAAUCUGGCUUGAGAUUACCAAAUGUCAACAAAGUGAUUAUAAUAAUGCAUUAUUUUAAUAGCCAGGUUGCACAUCAACAAGUGCUUCAUACGGUAACAUUUUGGCUGCUGCUGUAUUUUCUGCUCUAAUAGUCUUGUUACUUUGAUGUCUAUUCAAACUAAACAUAAGAACUGUCCAUGAUAGCUCUUUUUCCUUUCUACUGGUGCAGGUUGUGCAUGAGAUCGACUCCCUCACGUGUGACCUACAGCUGGAGGAGGAGAUGACGGACAGUUCCAAGACAGACACCCUGAACAGCAGUUGUAGCAGCAUCACCACCACCACCACAGCCUCCAGCAUUGACAAGAUCAAGAUCUACCCUGACGACGCUAUCUUUAGGCCCCAGUCUGUCAGCCCUGCUGUCCUGACCGUGCUGAAGAAGCCCCACCCUCCUCUGCCACCUCCCAGGCUGACACCUAUCAAAGCGGAGGAGAACAACAAGAAUCCACCAUCAGGGAACCUACUAGCCAAGGCUAACGGGACUCUUAUGCGCAAUGAAGUUUUCACAGGGAAGCCGAACAGAGACUUAUUGUACUCCAUCUCAAAUAGUGUUCCAGAGAAAGGAUUUACGCCCAUGCCUUUGCUACGGCAUGAAAAGAGCAAAUGCCCCCAGGCCACCAGAGAGCGGGUCCGAUUCAGUGAAAAGGUCCAGUAUCACGGGUACUGCCCUGACUGUGACCUGCAAUAUGACGUCGACAACACAGAUAUGCACUUCCAGCCAGAAUUGACUGAUGAAAUGAGCCCUGUCCAUCAGUGUUCCUCCUCCUCACCACCACCCAAGCUCCUGUUGGAAAAUGGCAGCCUCAGUGUCAGCCAUAGUUUCCCUCCUACAAACUCGCCUUGUGUGCCUCAUCCUAACCCUUCCCUGAAACCACAGAAAACCAUCCUCCGAAAAUCAACCACCACAACGGUUUGA